UUCGUCCCCCUCACAGCUCGCCAUUUGAGCCCUAGCCAACUAAUAGAGAGAGAAAGCGAGUAGACCGAGCCGCCUCGCUUGGUUUCUACCUCCGGCCGUUAUGGCCACUCGGCGCCUUCUCUCCUCCCUCAUCCGCUCCUCCGCCCGCCGUUCCCCUGCGCUACGAUCCCCCUCUCCGGUAUGUCCCACCCCCAGGGCACUCCCUCGCCCCUCUCCCGCCGGCUACCUUCUCUCCCGCGUCGCCGAGUACGCUUCCGCAGCAUCGGCUUCCCAGACGCCCGCCCCCACCCCUUCCAAGGCUGCAGCGGGUCCCAGUGGCAAGAUCACGGACGAGUUCACAGGUGCGGGCUCGAUCGGGAAGGUUUGCCAGGUGAUCGGUGCCGUCGUUGACGUCAGGUUUGAAGAGGGUCUUCCUCCGAUCCUGACGGCUUUGGAGGUGCUCGAUAACCAGAUCCGUUUGGUUCUCGAGGUCGCCCAGCAUCUCGGGGAGAGUAUGGUGCGAACCAUCGCUAUGGACGGUACUGAGGGGCUAGUCCGCGGCCAGAGAGUCCUAAACACUGGAUCUCCCAUCACAGUUCCUGUUGGCCGAGCCACUCUUGGACGCAUUAUGAAUGUCAUUGGAGAACCAAUUGAUGAGAGGGGAGAAAUAACAACCAAUCAUUUCCUUCCCAUCCAUCGUGAAGCACCUGCCUUUGUUGAACAGGCAACUGAACAACAAAUCCUUGUGACUGGAAUUAAGGUCGUAGAUCUUCUGGCACCAUAUCAGAGGGGUGGAAAGAUUGGACUUUUUGGUGGAGCUGGUGUUGGGAAGACUGUGCUCAUCAUGGAAUUGAUAAACAAUGUUGCAAAGGCCCAUGGUGGUUUUUCUGUCUUUGCUGGUGUUGGUGAGCGCACUCGUGAGGGUAAUGAUCUCUACAGGGAAAUGAUUGAGAGUGGCGUCAUCAAGCUGGGAGAUAAACAGAAUGAGAGCAAGUGUGCUCUUGUAUAUGGUCAAAUGAAUGAGCCCCCUGGUGCUCGAGCACGAGUUGGUUUAACUGGGCUGACUGUUGCUGAGCACUUCCGUGAUGCUGAAGGACAGGAUGUGCUUCUUUUUAUUGACAAUAUUUUCAGGUUCACCCAAGCAAACUCUGAAGUUUCUGCCUUGCUUGGUCGUAUACCAUCUGCUGUUGGUUAUCAACCAACACUUGCUACUGAUCUUGGAGGUCUCCAAGAGCGCAUUACGACAACGAAGAAGGGUUCCAUCACCUCAGUGCAAGCUAUUUAUGUGCCUGCUGAUGAUUUGACUGAUCCUGCUCCAGCAACUACUUUUGCCCAUCUUGAUGCUACAACUGUGCUGUCGAGACAGAUUUCUGAACUCGGUAUCUACCCUGCUGUUGAUCCUCUUGACUCCACAUCAAGAAUGCUUUCUCCACAUGUGUUGGGAGAAGAACACUACAACACUGCUAGAGGUGUUCAAAAGGUUCUCCAAAACUAUAAGAAUCUGCAAGAUAUUAUUGCUAUCCUUGGGAUGGACGAGCUCAGUGAAGAUGAUAAGUUGACUGUCGCUCGAGCUCGAAAGAUCCAGCGGUUCUUGAGCCAGCCUUUCCAUGUUGCUGAAGUUUUCACUGGUGCACCUGGAAAAUAUGUUGAAUUGAAAGAAAGCGUGAACAGUUUCCAGGGUGUUUUGGAUGGGAAGUACGACGACCUACCAGAGCAAUCAUUUUACAUGGUUGGAGGCAUUGAGGAAGUCAUUGCAAAGGCUGAGAAGAUUGCAAAGGAGUCUGCUGCAUCAUAGAAAAUUCAUCUCGGGCAUUCAAUAAUUCGAGAAAUGGAACGGUGGCUUUGUUGAAUUCGCCAGCUUCUUUACUUCUUUGUAUCUUAGCUGGCCGAGUUUUCAUUUUUCUUCCAGCAUAGACAUAAUGGUCUGGGAACUUUUUACCAAUAAUCAGAUGCAGGGAUUGAUUCCUUUGUAUCGUCUAGAAACCUGCUUGCCAAACAGUAUCUGAUUGUGUAUUCUGGAUUAGUUAUGUCCAGUGGAAUUUAGCUUUCAUA